CAUAAAAGCCUAGAUCUAACUGAAAGAUGUUGCUGUCAGGUGAACUUUGGAGGUGGGGUCUUUGAGGGCUGUGUGGCUAAAAUUGGCCAAGGAAGGGACACUGUAGACCCCUGUGAGAAGGGGGUCUGGACUGGGGUAUGAAGGUGUGAGUGUGUGAGGGUCCCUGGAGGUGAGGGCUGGUGGGGCUUUCUUCUCCAAAGGAUACUGUGGGCUUCCUCAUUCACUAGGCUGGGAGUCUUAUUGCAGAGAUGAAGCUGUUUCUGGACUUAGCAGGGCUCCUGGCCAUCCUAGUCAUACUCCAGCCCUCUGAGGGUGCUACUCCAGGUAACCAUACAGAUAAGAAGGGAAACAGGACUUUCAUGGGGGUGGUUCCAAGUCCUGAGGGUUCCUUCCCUCAGGGAAGCCCCCCCCCCCCCCAGGGCCUGGGCCCUGAUGGCUUUGGGUCCCUUCCUGAUCCUAUGACCGCUGCUCUGGACAGCUGUUCUGGAGAAAGUGGAGACCUCAGUGGUGAUGACCUGCAUGGAGGAGGCCAAACAGCUAGUGGACAAAGCCUACAAGGACCGGCGGGAAAGGUGGGUGCUGGGCACUGCCCACCUUUGGGCAAACCUGCACUUCAGAGGAGGAACAUACAGAGGGAGAUUUUAUGGAUGGGAGUGAGACCCUCUAUCCAUCUGCCAGCUUUUGUGUUUCUGAAGACAUUUUCAAAGCCAUCCCCUCUGUGACCUUACCUCUGAAGCCCUCUUUGGAUUCAUACCUGUUUAUGAAGAGAAAAGUCUGUGGGUCUGUCUACACUGUCUUAUGUGUCCAUCUUCUGAGUGGGGCUUUGCUGAACAUGCCUGCACCCCUUUUCUGGCCCUCACCUCUCCUUUCUCCAAGCAGCAUUAAGCAGCGGCUGCGCAGUGGCUCGGCCAGUCCCAUGGAGCUCCUGUCCUAUUUCAAGCAGCCGGUGGCAGCCACCAGGACAGCUGUCAGGGCUGCUGACUAUCUGCAUGUCGCCCUGGGCCUGCUGGAGGGGAAGCUGCGCACCGUGUGGCCACGGCCCUUCAAUGUUACGGACGUGCUGACACCGGCCCAGCUGAACCUGCUGUCCAAGUCCAGCGGCUGCGCCUACCAGGACGUGGGGGUGAAGUGUCCCGAGAAGGACAAGUACCGCACCAUCACCGGGCAGUGCAACAACAGACGCAGUCCCACCCUGGGUGCCUCCAACCGUGCCUUUGCGCGCUGGCUGCCAGCAGAGUACGAGGACGGCUUCUCGCUGCCCUUCGGCUGGACGCGGGGGGUCAAGCGCGGUGGCUUCCCGGUGCCCCUGGCUCGUGCAGUCUCCAAUGCCAUCGUGCGCUUCCCCACCGAGCAGCUGACCCCUGACCAGGAGCGCUCGCUCAUGUUCAUGCAGUGGGGUCAGCUGCUCGACCACGACCUGGACUUCACUCCGGAGCCAGCCGCCCGGGCCUCCUUCCUCACGGGUGUCAAUUGCGAGACCAGUUGUCUGCAGCAACCACCCUGCUUCCCACUCAAGAUUCCACCCAAUGACCCCCGAAUUAGGAACCAGGGCGACUGCAUCCCCUUCUUCCGCUCCUGUCCGGCCUGCACAGGGGGCAACAUCACUAUCCGCAACCAGAUCAAUGCACUCACCUCCUUUGUGGAUGCCAGCAUGGUGUAUGGCAGUGAGGACCCCGUGGCCAGGUCUCUGCGCAAUACCUCCAACCAGUUAGGGCUGCUGGCUGUCAACGAUCGCUUCCGUGACAAUGGCCGGGAGCUGCUACCCUUUGACAGACUGCACGAUGACCCCUGCCUGCUCACCAACCGUUCAGUGCGCAUUCCCUGCUUUCUUGCAGGGGACACCCGCUCGAGUGAGAUGCCUGAGCUCACCUCCAUGCACACACUCUUUAUUCGGGAGCACAACCGACUGGCGACAAAACUCAAGCGCCUGAACCCACGCUGGGAUGGAGAAAGGCUCUACCAGGAAGCCCGGAAGAUUGUGGGAGCCAUGGUCCAAAUCAUUACUUACCGGGACUACCUGCCCCUGGUGCUGGGGCCUGCCGCCAAGAGGAAGUACCUGCCCCAGUACCGAGGCUAUAAUGACUCUGUGGACCCCCGUAUUGCCAAUGUCUUCACCAAUGCCUUCCGCUAUGGUCACACCCUCAUCCAACCCUUUAUGUUUCGCCUCAAUAGCCAGUACCGGCCUAUGCAGCCCAAUCCCCGCGUCCCGCUCAGCAAGGUCUUCUUUGCCACUUGGCGGGUAGUGCUGGAAGGUGGCAUUGACCCCAUCCUGCGGGGCCUCAUGGCCACCCCUGCCAAACUGAAUCGCCAGAACCAAAUCGUGGUGGAUGAGAUCCGGGAGCGAUUAUUCGAGCAGGUCAUGAGGAUCGGGCUGGACCUGCCUGCUCUGAACAUGCAGCGCAGCCGGGACCACGGUCUCCCAGGGUACAACGCCUGGAGGCGUUUCUGUGGACUCCCACAGCCUGGCAACGUGGGGGAGCUAGGCACAGUGCUGAAGAACCUGGACCUGGCGAGGAAGCUGAUGGAGCAGUACGGCACACCAAAUAACAUUGACAUCUGGAUGGGAGGUGUGGCUGAGCCCCUGGAGACAAAUGGCCGUGUGGGCCCACUCCUUGCCUGUCUCAUUGGGACUCAGUUCAGGAAACUUCGAGAUGGUGAUCGGUUUUGGUGGGAGAACAAGGGCGUGUUCAGUACUCAGCAGAGGAAGGCCCUGGCCAAGAUCUCCUUGCCCCGAAUCAUCUGUGACAACACAGGCAUCACCACGGUGUCCAAGAACAACAUCUUUAUGUCUAACAAAUUCCCUCGGGACUUUGUCAACUGUAGUACACUCCCCACAUUGGACCUGGCAGCCUGGAGGGACAAAGCCUAAAGGCUGGGUAAGGAGAGGCAGCUACAAGGUGAAGGCCAGGUGCGAAUGGGCUGACCAGUUGCAGCCAGAGACCUCCUUCUGUAGGAGAGCUCUUUGCUACUCUGGGUGGCAACUGAGAAAACUAGUGACUAGGUGUAUAUGUGUGUGUACACAAAACGUAGUAACUUCUGUAUCCUGUGUGUGUUUCUGAACCUGGGUUGUGCCUUGUGUGUUGUGUAUUUGUGUCAUUUCUGGGAGUGUGCGUUAGUUGUGUACAUGAAUGUUAAGUAAAUAGAAGGCAGCAGAGUGGGUUGUGUCAAGGAGCAGCUCAGGAACCAGACUAUUCAGAUUCAGAUCCUUGGGUUAAAACUGCAGCUUACCGCUAGUAUGACCUUGAACAAAGAAUUCAACUUUGCUAACCCUGAAUUUUUUUUCUUUGUAGAUAACAGCUGUUAUGGCUAUUUUAUUUUCUUUAGAAGGCCCACUUGGUCUUCCUUUAUGCAUUAUGCUAGACAUGGGAAACACAAGAAAGACAUGAAUUCUGUACUCAUGGAAUUUACAUUUUAAUCAUAUCCCAGCUAGCAGAGAUGACCCAGUGACCCCUGGAGAAGUGACUAUCAGCAGUUGGGUUGUGUAUAGGGUUGAGUUCUGGCUCCAGAGAUCCAGUCUCUGGCUCCCCCUUUUUCCUUUCUUACUUUGGUCUCUUGCUUAUUCACAGGAGCCUACCUGGAGAAGAACUGGGGCCCACUGGCCCUUUUGUACCAUUCAUUUGUAAUUAAUGUAGCUGAUGUUUAUGAUAAUAAAACACCACUGAUAUCUGGAA